UCGUCCCGGCUAGAUAGGCGCAGCAGUAUUAAGCGAAGAAGACACUGGAAAACAUUUUUGGAAAAGCUGCUCGGGGUAAAAUUCAUGCCGUAUCAUUUCGGGGUGUGUGUGUGUGUGUGUGUGCAAUGCAAAACUCCUACCUUGUAUAACAGAAAAGGCGCCAUGGUUGAGGAUUAACCGAUGAGUUUGGAAAAGUUUCCCGGAUAUUCCUCCCCGUCAACAUCAGGAGCUGGUUCUCAGUCAGUAGGAUGGAACAGAGUCAGCAGAGUCAGUAAUUAUGGAAGGGGAUGAGAUGGAGAUGAGCAAACAGGAGCUCCAAAAGUGGAUCCGAGAGAAGGUGCAGAGGAGUGAGCUGAUCUCCUCAGAUGUGCUAAAGAAAUGCGAUCGGCUGCAGUCGCUGCUGGAAAGGAGGGAGAAACAGGCCGCCCAGCUCCUGAAGCUCUGCAAGUCUGUGGUGGCAUGUGAAGAGACUGUGAAGAAACAGUACUCUCUGCUGGGAUUGGAGUACAGAGACACUGAUUCUGAUGAUGAUAUCAAUAUCACUGGCAGUGGACACACACCUCCAUCCCCCUGUGAGUCUGUUAACUCUGAGACUCGAGUCUUGCAUUCCUCAGCUACUAAUGGACUUACUCCUCUGAUACCAAAGCGAAGAAAGAACCCUCUUUGUCUAAAGGAGCCAGUGGUCAUCCUGACCAGACUGUCUGAAGGUAAGAUCAGUGCUCUACGUCCACGAACACCCCCAAAGGACCAUAGUCGAGAUGAAUCCUCACAAAGUUCGGAUUCUGAUGUGCAGUGGGAACCAGAAGAGGACUCAAGUGAUUCAGAUUUUUUUGUCUCAAAUUAUAAUACUGGGACAAAAAAGAGGAGAAAAAUAGAUGUGAACCCUGCUAAGAGUCAUGCAACACCUGAAGCUAGCACAAAUACUGAGGCCAAGAGCAAUAGAGAAAAAAAAUCAACACCCCAGUUUAACGCUAAAGAUGACGCUACGAGCAGUGCAGCAAAAACAUCAGCGCCUCAAACCAAUGGCAAUACCAGCGCAAAUAGCAAUGGAACAGAAACAGCGCGGCCUCCAGGAAGCACCAAAGGAGUAACCCCUGUGUGCAUCAUAUCACGUCAUGCCCAAACCUGUGACACAGCCACCAAGACCCCUCCUGACAUGCCGAAGAGAGAGGUCAAAGUGAACAUGAACGUCCUGGCCAGGAGGAGAACCAUGAAAUGGCAGCGGGCGAAAAUCACAGAAAUACUAACAAAAGAAGAUGGUAGGUUGAAAUACAAGGUUCAUUUUCUGGAGAAGGGGAAGAGCCUUGUGUCUGGUCACCACAUCGCCUGGGACAGUAUGCCAAAGUGGGAGCAGCUGUUUGUCGGUGCUCGUGUGGUGGUCAAACGUGAGGCUGACCAGACACACUUCUGCCCUGGUGUCCUAGCAGAGCUCCCCAACAGGAAGAACCGAAUGAGGUUCCUGAUCUUUAUUGAUGAUCACACACCUGUCUAUGUUGCCCUACCUUUUUUUCACCUGGUGUGCAAACCAUUGGAGGAGCCUUUGGACGAUAUUCCAGACAACACCCACAAGGAUUUCAUGAAGGAGUAUGUGAAGAGCUGGCCUUACCCACCUCAGACCCAGUACAGGGUUGGACAAAUAAUUAAUGCAGAAUUUGAAGGAGUUCAGCAGAAGUGUGAGGUGCUGGUGGUCGACUGCAGCUUGAUACAGGUUGUGUUUCAGAUGGAUCAACAUAAAGAGUGGAUCUACCGGGGCUCCAUGCGCUUAGAACACAUGAUUAAUAUGAGGGAGCAUCUGGAAUUGAAAAAGGAGGAGAAGCAGAAGAACAAAUCUACCUCAGGCAACUAAUCGUCAAAAUCUCGAUGGUGGCUGCUGCUGCAAAACCUCACCUCAGAGCUCAGCAAUGUCCAGGCGGUACGGUGGAUGCGACUCAAAGGUGCUACUGAAGACUCUGCCCGGCUGGAGUUGCUUGAAACUGUCACACUGUCUUGAAGUCAUUUAAGUGUUGAUUUAAUUGUUUUUAAGUGGAAUUGUAUUAUAUUUUGUGUGUUUUUAAAUAAAACAAUUGUCAUACAAGCUUUAA